GGGUACCAUACAUAGGCUUGAAGACGCCACUCCAUAAGCAUCUUCGAGGCCCUCUCUCUUCUUCUCCUCCUCUCUGUUCUCUAAACUGGAAGCCAUUCGUCUUUUACCCAAGCCACAGAAAAGCAUGGUCGGACCUUCACUCCACACCCUGAAACCCACCCCAAUCAAAUUCCUCUGUAGCUACGGCGGCAAAAUCCUCCCCCGUUAUCCUGACGGCAAGCUCCGGUACGUCGGUGGCGAAACCCGUGUCCUCGCCGUUGACCGCUCCAUUUCGUUUGCCGAGCUGUUAUUGAAGCUCGGAGAAUUGUGUGGCGCAUCUGUGAGCCUUCGUUGCCAAUUGCCUACGGAGGACCUUGACGCUCUGGUAUCGAUCACCUCCGAUGAGGACCUCGCUAAUCUCAUCGAGGAGUACGACCGAGCGGCAUCGCCACCGUCAUCUCUGAAGAUCAGAGCGUUCCUUUCGCUGCCCAAAUCCACCAAAAAAACCAUUCCUUCUCCUCCUCCAUCGGCUUCAUCUUCAUCCAAAUCGUCGUCGUCGUCGUCUUCGGCGUCUCAAAGUCCCACCGUUUCCACGACAAGGUUUUCGGUGCCGGUGGCAGACAUGUGCCUCCGUCAGAUCUCAACGCCGGUAGUGUUUCAGAAACCUGCCCCGAAGACUCAUCCUCAUUGUGCUUACCGUGCUCAUGGAAACCCUAGGCAUAUCUAUCUCAUCCACAACGGGAACCACUGGCAAUAGCCCCCAAACUGAUGGGAAUUGGGACUACAACAUAUGCGAAGCAAUCUAUAAAGGAAACAAGAAAAAUUACUGCUGCAAACAGCAAAACCAAAAUUCAAAAGCUUUCCGAGUUUCAUAUAUAUAUGUCUGUGUGAGAUGUACUGGGACUGUAAAUCGUUGAGAAGGAUUGCUUUUGAUCCGUCGCCAUUAAUGAAUUUCAGUCCAAUUAGUUUUUUUUUUUCUAAAAAAGAAAAAGAAAGUGGUGGUGAGUUUUGUUCGUUU